UUCACACUUCUCAGGAGCCCUGUAACCUGUAUAGGUUCAGCUGCUGACCGCGACUUCACCUUCUCCGGCUCUACCCCGGCCGCCUAAAGCCAAAUCGUGACCUAUCUCAGCCACGGAUUCCACCUCUACGACCAACCUACCAGGUUCACAUCUCUUGGCUGGUUUAUCUUGGAGUCUUCAUACAACCCAAUUUCUUAUGAUACAGAUUUGGUAUAUCUACUACAAUGGCUUACGUGCGAUAUGGUAAAAAUAUUCUCCGUCAUAUCACUUCCAUCAGAGAACCAAGAAUUCUCUUAGGACCCGAAAAUGUGUUGCAUCACCCACUGCUGCAUGCUGGUCAAGGUGUUAGAUACAGAAAGUUGGAUGUUAUUCUUACAACGACCAUAGACAAGCUUGGGAAAGCUGGUGAGACAGUGAAGGUUGCUCCUGGUUAUUUCCGCAACUAUUUGAUGCCUAAGUUGCUUGCUGUGCCAAGUAUUGACAAGUAUAUCUAUCUCAUUAGAGAACAACGAAAGAUUUACCAGCCAAAGGAAGAUGAAGAGGUCAAAGUUGUUGCAAAAAAAGUAACAACAAGUGCAGACAACAUGAGCGAACAUGCAACAGCAGCAAGGCGCCUCGAAAAUGCAGUGCUGACUUUAAGGAAGGAUAUUAAGGUUGGUGAAGUUAAGGAAUUAAGAUCACCAGUAACCAAAGAAGAACUUAUUGCGGAGGUGGCAAGGCAACUUCACGUUCAAAUUUCAGGAGAUAACAUACACCUGCCUUCACCUCUAACAACUGUUGGAGAGCAUGCAUUAAGCCUUCGGUUUCCAAAGGCCAUACCUUUGUUUGAUGGUAAACUGCAGUGGACUCUGAAUGUUAAGAUUAGGCGGAAAACACUCAAAGUGAAGGUCAAGAGAAAUAUCAUUCCCAAACCUAAGUCGGCUGUUGCUGCUCCUCCUGCUCCUGUUGAAACCCAAAUGUAAAACGAAAGCUUUUGGUCUUUAUCUAAAGCAUAGAAGACAAUUUCUGUUUGAUCUUAAGAGCAAUCUACUACUUAUUUUACAUGUAUUGAUUUCUUUCUUUUGAAGUAAGGAAGGAAUGUUUUAGUGUUUUAAAUAUCACUCACUCAUGAGGCCUUUGUUUUCUCCAAUAAUAUUUGGUUAUUUUUCAUUC